UUUUUCCUAUUCAGAAACAAAUAUUAGGUUAUUCAUGAAAUAAAAUGUAUUCAUUGUCGAAUGAACGAACAUGCAUUUAUUCAGUCCGUAUUUAACGUUUACUUCCCUUUUAAAUUUGCGGCAAGAAAUCAAAAACUGAAAAUAUGACAAGUAAGGUUAGAACAUACAUUCCCGAAUGGGAAACAGAGUUUGAUUGGUUAUAUCCAGUCAGGAAAGAAAACUCAAAUAUUAUUAUCGGAAUGAAGUGUGUCAUUUGUACGCGAUGUUCCAAAGGAAACAAAUUCGCCCAAGAAACAGGAUGUGCAGAAUUCCAACAUUCUUCAUUAACAAGGCAUGCCACCUCAAAACAACACAAUGAUGCCAAAAGUGCUAUGAGGAUGUCAGAGACAUUCCACAAAUCGAGAGAUACAGCUCAGAAACUCUCCAAUGAUAGCAUGAAACGUGUAAAGUUAGUGGCUGGAGAGAUGGGCUCAAGAUCAUACAAUCCGAUGUUGAGAAGUAUGAUACAAGAUGCCAUAUUGAAACUAUGUACCCAGAACAUGAUAUUCUCUAAGUCACUUGAAAUAGAUGGUAUUAUUUGUGUAUCCCAGGGGGAAGAGCUCCCAGAUCUUGUUGUGAAAAUGCACCGAACUAUUGUCAAACCUCCUUCCAAGGGAGAAACAUGGACAGGAUGUUAUACUGAUGCCUCACAAGUGCUAGCAUACCCUCCAACAAACACUACAUCACAUUUAGAUACUUCAUAUCGAGGAUCAGAUGUGUCACUUUCUCCUACAUCUAAAGAUCAAAAUGGAGGGGCUAAACUAUGGAAGGGAAAUACAUUUACUACAGAUCAUGACCCGACUCAAGUUCAACAUAAGGCAUAUGAGCAAACAUUGCCAGAAGCUACCCAAGUGACACCUGGUGACAAAGUUGGCAAUCACCAUGAAAACAGCAAUGUGAAAUCUCAACAGUUCAGUAGUGGAAGGAAACGUUCAAGAGACAUCAAUGAGGCCAGAAAUGAAGGCCCUCCAGAAAAACAAUUAAUUCGAAAUAUUAAAGAAGAACCAAUAACUCUUGAUCUCAAUGAUGAUGAUAAUAACACUGGAGAGUAUGGUGAUGAUAAAGAGGAUGAUAUCGGGGACAUUAGCACAAUUACAGGUGCAACCUCGAAUCCAGAUGAUACAACUGACAAUGCAGAAAAUUUCGUGACAAAAGAGAAACAAGAUACUGAAGAUUCUGCUAUGAUGAAACGAGAACUUCUUAAACUAAAGGCAAAUUAUUCAGAAGCUUUAGCAAAGUUGGCACGUGUCUCAGAAGGCAUUGGUUCUGUAGAACCUGUUCAGCCACAUGAGGUUCUGAGUCGCCCAAAUGAGGGCAUUUUGGAUCCGGUCAUUGCUGCUAACCAUGGUAUGAUUGAAUUGGUCCCACAUUCCUGUAUUUACAUCUACCCAAAGACAAGUCAUAAGUUGUCUACACUGAACAAUGGAGAACAAGGUGCCAGAACACUAAUGAAUGCUCUCUUCACUAAAGAAGAAAGGAUAAAUGGAACAACUGCAGACAACUCUGCUAAUUAUUCACAACUUGACCCGAUUAAAAUCCAAGCAAUCGUUGAUUUCUGCCAAGCAAAUUACAUGGAAAAAACUAAAAUAAGCCAUCUUAGAAAGACGAUUUCAAACAAAUGUACAUCUGAGAGAGAUUAUGAUCGAAAAUCAAGAAAAAAAUAGAACCACAUUCAGAUUUUUAGAGAAAACCACUGACUGUGUAAUAUGUUUCCAGACUACACAUCCUACUUAAUGAACUGGAAAACGAAGCCUUGUUAGCUAAAAGGACUGUUUCUGCUAAAUGAAUAGCAAAUAGAAGAUUGCUAUUUUAUGAAGAUUAAAUAAAUGUAAUCUAUGUUUGAGGAUUUUUCUAUCAACAUCCACUGAGAAAACUUGAGUAACCAAGCUGAAAGCAGUAUUUUCCAUCAAUGUAUCAUGCAUGCACACUCUGUAAUCUUUUUGCAGAAUUCUGCCAAAAGAAGUACAAUGAAAAAACAAAGCAAAGUGACCUAAGAAGAAGUAUUGCCAGCAAAUGUACUGCAGAAAGAACUUAUGAAUUGAAAAAAAAUAAAAAAGAGUGACAUUCUUUUCUCAUUUGCUCUGUAGAAGAAAGUAUUGUGGACACUUGUACUGCAGAAAUAAAUUAUUAUCUGAAAAUAAAAAUAAAAA